UUUUUUUGGGAGUUUUUCCAGGUCAACCUGUCCAGGUCCUCGUUCCGGUUUGUGUUGCAGGUGCGGCCAACACUGGGCCCAUCACACGAAUUUGUAUGGCGAGCCUACAGGUUUCAAACACUGUAGCAGUUUUGUUUCACAAAGAUAAGUGCCCAACCACCGUUGCAGAAGCUGCCGAGGUCUUUGCAACGAUUGGUGAUGUGGCGCGGUUGGAUAUGUCCUUGGGGACGACAGUUGGGCUCCUUUUUGUGACCUUCUACGAUGUGCGCGUGGCCCAGCGGGUCGUGCAGCACACAAAACCCUUUGCUUGGCCUGCCCAGGCAGGGAUGGAUGAUUUCCGUGCGGUGAGUUGGUCAAGCUCCCAGUUUGCAAAUCUUCCACGGCAGGAGAGAGGCUUCGAGAGGUUUGGUGAGAUUGCACGGAUUUUUAGCUGCGGCGGUGACAUCAUCAUUGAAUUCUAUGAUAUGCGCGCUGCUCUUCAUUGCUGCAUUUCUAUCCCUGGCAGUCAGCCCAAGAAGUGUGGACCCAUGUCCCACAAGACCGGUGAUACUGUUGGCUCGGCAAAGGACACCGACAUGACCGGUUGGGGUGGGUCAGCGCGCAAAGCGCCCCCAUGGCUUCCCCAUCGCUUCUCUUGCGGACGGUGCGGAGCCCUCCGGGUUUGACUAGGUCCGAUGGAAAACCCUUUCUCUUUGGACGCGGACCGGAGGGGGCGCCAGCCUGAAUUCGAAAGAGCACCAAACCAUCAUGUUGCUCGUGCUGCCCAUGGAGGUGCAAAACACGGAGGUGCCAGCAGACCUUUGAUUUCUUUUGCAUGUGCAUUUGCCCCACUGCAGAACAGUGCAGUGUAGGAAACUUGAUGGCCUUGAGACGGAUGAUGCUAAACUGACUAAGUCAGGAAUAACGCCGUUCAGCUUGAGACGCAGCGCGGCCUCUUCUGCUGGGUGAAAGCGCCCCGCAGUGAAAGUCCCGAAUUCGACGUACACACAUCUGCGAAUUUCCAAUAGUAACAAGUGCCACGCCAUUGUGGUGUUGCCCACGGAGGUGCAGAGCAUUAUUUGAACGCCCCAGUUGAUCGAGAUGGAAGAUGCCAAUUUUUGCCCAUGAGAGGCUGCGGCUUCCGGGUGCACCCUGCAUCGACGUCCAAAA